GUCGCCGUAUGUACCUUGCACAUGCUAUUGAUCCCUGAAUUUAUGUUGUGUUGCUCAUUGGUGAAAGAUACACUAAUGGGGAUUGGUUAUCAUGCUCAAGAAUGUUAUUCGUCGGCAAUUUAGUCGUGAACAAGGUGUAUUGUUGACUACCCGGUAACGUAACCUCUUCAGUGUAAGCAACCUGUGGUGUGAAAGAAGAGUGGAAAAAAGAGGGAGAAGAGCAAAAAAAAUCACAUACGAGUGGAGAAUGACGAUUACCGGUAACGGGUUAGCAGAUUUUUACUGAUGAUGAAUUAAAAAGUGGUACGACAAGUGGAAGAGGAUGACCAAAAUGAAAAGCUUCUUGUGAUUGACUGAAGGUUCGUUCGACCUGAAGUAAUAAAGAUGGGCAAUGAGUCGCAAAUUAUUAUUAUUCUCAACGAUAUUCUUAAAGUAGAAGCUAUCGAAGAAGCUUUCAGUUGUAUUAUUGUGCAUAAUACUAAUAACGAAAAAGAAAAAAUAACAGGAUGGCAGGCUGCAUUAACAAACGCAAUGAUGGGAUUGACUCUGGAACAGCAAGAGAAUGCUGUUCGCAGAUUUUUAUAUACAUCGGCAGAAAUCACAAAUUACAAACGAAUGAAUCUCAUACUUUCAUUACUUGAAAAUCUGGUUUCUAAUAACGUUUUACCUGCUAGUUUAGUUUGUGAAUGCAUUUUGAAUUGUGAAAAAUUGCAAUAUCAAAAUGAAGAAUUUUGGAUCAAGUGUUUUACUCUUAUUCGUCAUAUAAUUGGUGGAGUUGAUUAUAAAAAAGUUCGAGAUAUUAUGAAGCUCUGUUCUGAAAAGGCUCAUACUCUACCAACUAGAUUAGAUGCAUCAGUUCAGCCUCAAAUGAAGGUCUUAGAAAAUUUAAUUGAAUACAUUUUUGAUAGAAAUGCCUGUUUAUUACCUAGUUAUUUAAUCAUGAAUGAGCUUCAAAAAGAGAAAAGAAAUUGGCCAUAUUGGCAGCUAUCAAAAUUAGUCUCAAAUUUCACAGAUAGUUUUCGUAAUGUAGUGCAAAUGAUUUCAAUUAUUGGACAUUCAAAAAUGCUUCCAAUAGUUGAGCAUUCAGGAUUUGGGGAUCUAUCUGGUCAUGUUCAAUGGCAACUUGAUAGAAAUACCCUAAAGUUUGCAUUGAAGGGGAAUCUUCCCUAUGAUCCUGAAUUGUUGAAGCCACAGACUGAACUUUUAAAAUAUGUUUUGGAGCAACCAUAUAGUAGAGAUAUGGUUUGCACAAUGCUAGCAAUACAGAAUAAGCAAAAUACUAAGUGUGAAGCUCUAGAAGAGCAAUUGGUUGAUCUUGUAAUAAGAACUAUGGAAAAAUCAGAAAAUGAGCCAGUUCCUAUAGAGAAUUCUGAAGGAGUGACAAUAAGUCAUUGGCCAUGGUUGCAUCUCUCAUCACAAUUUAUUUUUUAUGUUUUAUCUCAGUUUGUAAAUUUUUCGACUUUUGUCAUUGCAAUUCAUGAUAAGCUAGCAGCAAUGCCUGGUAGAGAAUGGAAAAAAUCGAGGGACCAUUUGAUGUGGAUUUUACUGCAGUUUAUUUCUGGAAGUAUUCAACGACAACCUAUCAAUGCCUUUUCGCCGUUUUUUAAAUUGUAUGAGCUUUUAUACUUCGAAAAAGAACCGCUACCACUUCCUGAUUUUUCACAACCAAUAUGUACUCACCAAAUGGCUUUGGUUUCUAUUUGGCUGCAUUUGCUCAAGAAAAUUCAAUCUGAUCCGGCGAAUUUUCAUGCAGUGAUGCCACAUAAUUUAAAACUACAUCAUGAAUUUUUGCAACAUAUGGCUAUACAAAAUAGUACUCUUAGCACUAGUACAGAUUAUAAAAUUGCAUUACUUUGUAAUGCAUUUUCGACUAGCUCGGAUUUGUUUACUAGACCAAUGGGUGUUCUAUUUGAUUCAAUUUUAGGUAUUCAAAAGAACCAACAACAACAGCCACUACAAGGCUUACAAAAUAGUACAACACAAACAAAUGGACCAACUGCUCCAUUAUCCAUGUCUAUUCUAGAUUCAUUAACCAUUCACGUAAAGAUGAGCUUAAUACAUCAUAUCGUUACGCAUGUUGCAAAGUCUGCUUCUAAUAAGAAUUACUCGCCAUUACCGCCAGCCCUUGUAGAAACUUACAGUAGAUUAUUGGUUUACACGGAGAUAGAAAGUUUUGGUAUUAAAAAAUUCAUAGGUCAUUUACUGCCGACAGUUUUUAAAGCACACGCCUGGGGUAUUCUUUAUACCCUUUUAGAUAUGUUUAGCUAUAGGAUGCAUCACAUCCAACCUAAUUACAGAGUACAAAUUUUGAGUCAUUUACAUAGCCUUGCUGCUGUACCACAGACUAAUCAAACGCAAUUACAUCUCUGUGUUGAGAGUACUGCAUUACGGCUAAUUACGAAUCUCGGCUCUGCAGAAGUUCAACCGCAUUUGUCCAGAUUCUUGUCUGAACCAAAAACACUUGUUUCCGCUGAUUCGGAAGAGCUUAAUAGGGCUUUAGUUUUAACUCUUGCUAGAUCAAUGCAUAUUACAGGAACUGGUGGAGAUGGAAGUGGUACUUGGUGUAAGGAUCUGCUUAAUAUUAUUAUGCAAAACACGCCGCAUUCGUGGGCGGAUCACACGUUGCAAUGUUUCCCUCCCAUUUUAAGCGACUUUUUCUUACAAAAUAGUAUUUCGAAAGAGGAUAAACAACAGAUAAAGAAAGCCGUUGAAGAAGAAUAUAGAAAUUGGAGUUCAAUGAGCAAUGAAAACGAUAUUCUUGCUCAUUUUGCUGUUCCGAAUUCUCCUCCGUUAUUUCUUUGUCUCUUGUGGAAAAUCAUUCUUGAUAAUCAUCGUAUUAAUCCUAUAGUGUAUAAGAUUCUUGAAAGAAUUGGAGCAAGAGCAUUAUCAGCUCAUCUUAGGAAAUUCUGUGAUUAUAUUGUUUUUGAAGUUUCAAGUAUCGCCUGUGACGCAGGAUAUGUUAACAAAUGCGUUGAUGCUAUCAACCUUAUGAUUUGGAAAUAUAAUAUUAUUACGUUUGAUAGAUUGAUCUUAUGUUUAGCGUUAAGAACUUUGGAGGGCAACGAAGCUCAGGUUCGUUUUUACAUAAUCCAGCUAUUGUUACUGAAAGCUACAGAUUUUCGCAAUAGAGUGUCGGACUUUGUUCACGACAAUUCGCCAGAUCAUUGGAAGCAAUCGAAUUGGCACGAAAAGCAUUUAGCCUUUCAUCGUAAUUUCCCAGAAGUGUUUGGCCCUGAGGGAAUGAUGGAACAACCUUCUGGUAGUCCAAAUCAGUAUCAAAGCUUUCCACCGUAUUUUGGAAAUGUUUGUUUGAGAUUUCUGCCUGUAUUUGAUAUCGUAUUGCACAGAUAUCUUGAGUUACCGAUACCACAAGUAAUGAAGAGCCUCGUCAUACUUUUAGAACAUUUAGGUUGCCUAUAUAAAUUUCAUGAUCGCCCUGUGACCUAUUUGUAUAAUACUCUUCAUUAUUACGAGCGAAAGUUAAGGAAUAAUCCCAAAUUGAAGAGACGCCUUGUUAUUGCAAUAUUAGGCUCGUUGAAGAUUCCAGGUUGGAGUUUGUCUGAAGAUUACCAAAGAUAUAUAAUGAAAGAUACGAAAGAGACUAAAGAGACAAAAGAGAGAAAGGAUAUUAAAGCUGUUCCCGUUGAAGUUGACAAUAUUCAUUGGCAACCAGAGUUGGAGUAUUACAUCCGCUUAGUUCAAAGACUCGUAGACAUAAUGUCUAGAAGAGCUCAGUUUCCUCCAACAGACUGGAGAUUCAAUGAAUUUCCUAAUCCAACGGCACAUACUCAGUAUGUGACAUGCGUUGAAUUGAUGGCACUACCGGUGCCUCCAAAUGAAGUUGCAAAUAAUUUACUUGAUGUAGUUGCUAAAGGUUACACAAUAAUCGCAUCAGAUGAAAUUCACACGUGGAUCAAUUCUAUUGGUAUUAUCCUGACGUCGUUACCAGAAUGUUAUUGGUCGACUUUGCAUAUUCGGCUAGUUGAAACCAUCACAAACCCUGGUCUCAGCAACUGGCAAUUCGAUAAUUUGUCUCCGUUUCAACUAUAUAACUUCAAUUUGACUCACAAUAGUUUUCUCGAAAAUAAGUACAGUUAUAUGCUGGCAUUGGCUCAUUCUGUCUGGCAUCACGCUGGAGUCGGUCAAAUUUCCACAAUGGCUCAGUUUAUCAAAGAAAAAAUACAACCAGUAGUUAAUAAUGAGGAACAAUUAAUAUUUGCCUGCCAUUUAAUCGGACCAACUUUGAAUCGUUUCAACCUUGAGGGUCGUAGGUGCCUCAAUGAUCUGACGUUAGUUUUAUACGAGAUGUUAGAGCAAGUCAAUCGUUCGCAAAGUCAUCUUAAACACAUGAAUCCAAUUUGCGAUUUAUUCUAUCACAUAAAAUAUAUGUUUGUGGGUGAUGCAAUGAAGAACGAACUCGACUGCAUAAUACGAAGACUGCGACCUGCCCUUCAGAUGAGGCUUCGCUUUAUCGUCCAUCUUAACCUCGAGGAAAUCCAGUCUUCCUGAGAAUUACCUGCCGCCGCUGUUGUUACCAAUAACGCGGCGGUCAACCCAAUCAAGGUACAAAUUGGAGUCAGCAACUCUUUGGUUUGAUGUGUUUUUUUCUCUUUUUAAAUAUUCUACAUAAGAGUGUUGUUUAUUGAAUUUUACGAGAAAUUCGAAUACAUUUAUUUGAAUUUCCUUUUAACAUGAGUGUUAUGAAAGAAAUAAAUUAUGUAUUAAUUACAUCAAUUUUCUGUUAAAAAAUGUUGUCGAGAAUUAACUUACACGUUAUAGUACGGGAAAUAUCAUUGAAAAUUCAAACAGUUUGAAUUCUUUAUUUCAAUAAAUGUAUAUCUUAUUCCGUAUACGUGAUGUUUUGGAUGUUAAAAAGAAAGAGUAGACAAGAUUUGUUAUGUUAAAAGUAAAAAUUCUUGUUAAUCGUACAUGGUUUUCGGUUUCUAUACUGCAGUAUUUAAGUUAAAAUAAAUAUGGUUUAUAUAUAAUAAUGUUGUUAUAGUCGUGGUUACGAUAUAUUCUGUGUAUAAAAAAAGUAUUGUUGCUUUCAUUAUUACUGCAAAGAUUUUGAUAGCAAAUACAUUUUAUUAUUAUUGAAUAAUAAUAACGACUAGUAUUAUAAAGUAUUUUCAUCUUUAGGAAGUGUAUUUUGCAUUUUUGCUAAAAAUAAAAAAAGGAUUCACAAACUUUAUGAUUUUUCGAUGAAUGUUUCCCAAUAUGUGCAAGCACGGUUUGCAGUGUGUUUUUAGACCAUUGGUGCAAAUAAUUUUAGAAUGAAUAAGUAAGCUAGAUUAUAAGAGAACACAUUAUAUAGAUUUUAUUAUUCCAUAUUUACACGUGACUUAAACGAAAACGUAUGUACACUGAACAUUUAUAUACGUUACUGUGGCAAUUUAGAAUAUUUUUAAUGAACCUUUUUAAGUGUCUUGUUCUUCGAUUAUGUAAAUAUGUAUUUGUAUCAGACGAUAUAA